AUGCGCAUCACCACGGUGACCGGCCUCCCCAGCCCCUCCCCCCUCCUGCUCCUCUUGCCCCAGCUGCUGUUGUGGCUCCUCCUCCCUGGCCCUGAGAUAGUACAAGCUGCCUCCUCCUGUCCUCCCCCUUGCAGCUGCUCCAAUCAAGCCAGUAGAGUCAUUUGUACUCGGCGGAAUCUAGAGGAGGUGCCCGAGAGUAUUUCUGUCAACACACGAUACCUCAACUUACAGGAGAACUCAAUACAGGUUAUAAAGUCAGACACAUUCAAGCACCUGAGACACCUAGAAAUACUCCAACUCUCUAAGAACCAUAUCCGUCAGAUUGAGGUGGGUGCCUUCAAUGGCCUCCCCAACCUCAACACACUGGAGCUGUUUGACAACCGACUCACGCUGGUGCCCUCGCAAGCCUUCGAGUACCUUAGCAAGCUACGUGAACUGUGGCUACGCAACAACCCUAUCGAGACGCUGCCAGGCUACGCUUUCCACCGCGUGCCCUCACUGCGCCGACUGGAUCUCGGUGAACUUAAGAAGCUAGACUAUAUCUCAGACGCUGCCUUUGUUGGCCUGGUCAACCUGCGCUACCUGAACCUGGGCAUGUGUGGCCUGAAGGACAUCCCAAACUUGACGCCACUGGUGCGGCUGGAGGAGCUGGAGCUGUCUGGGAAUCGGCUGGAGAUCAUCCGACCUGGAUCUUUCCAGGGGCUGGUGUCACUUCGCAAACUAUGGCUUAUGCAUUCACAGAUGUCUGUCAUUGAACGUAAUGCUUUUGAUGACCUCAAGAACCUGGAGGAGCUUAAUCUGUCUCACAAUUCCUUGCACUCGCUGCCCCAUGACCUAUUCACACCGUUACACCAGCUUGAAAGAGUUCACCUCAAUCACAACCCCUGGGUCUGUAACUGUGACAUACUGUGGCUUAGCUGGUGGCUGAAGGAAACCGUGCCAAGCAACACCACCUGCUGUGCCCGAUGCCAUGCACCACCGUACCUGAAAGGCCGGUACAUUGGUGAGUUGGACCAGAGUCACUUCACCUGCUAUGCCCCUGUCAUUGUGGAACCACCUACUGACCUGAAUGUGACCGAAGGCAUGGCCGCUGAGCUGAAGUGCCGCACGGGAACCUCCAUGACCUCCGUCAACUGGAUAACACCAAAUGGCACGCUCAUGACACAUGGCUCGUACCGCGUCAGGAUCUCAGUCCUACACGAUGGGACACUGAACUUCACCAACGUUACACUGCGUGACACUGGUCAGUACACAUGCAUGGUGACCAACUCCGCAGGCAACACAACAGCCACGGCUGUGCUCAAUGUCACUGCUGCAGACGUCAGUGUGAACUACACUUACUUCACCACCGUAACCGUGGAAACUGUUGAUCCUAAUGGAGAGGUGGGCCCAGCCCUGCGCACAAUCAAUGCCACUUUCAUCCGCAUCCCAAGCCCUACUCCCUCCGGCCAUGUGUGGCCUGAGGACAUACCUACCACAGCCUCCUCCCUGUCAGCAUCCUGGUCCUCCUCCUCUCCUCGGGCCACAAAGCCCACAUUCACUGUCCCUGUCUUUGAGCCCAGCUAUCCCUCAGGGCUGGAUGACGUCAUGAAGACCACAAAGAUUAUUAUUGGCUGCUUCGUAGCUAUCACUUUUAUGGCUGCAGUCAUGCUGGUGGUUUUCUACAAGCUGAGGAAACAGCACCAGUUGCACAAGCACCAUGGCCCAGCACGUGCCAUUGAAAUCAUCAAUGUGGAGGAUGAGAUUGGAGCAGGAGCUGGUGUCCGUGGCAGUGGCAUCUCUGGAGGCUCCACUGUACCACAGGCUGGAGGUAGCGGCAGCAGUGGAGGUGGACAGAGCCUGCGACUUCACCAUCCUGAAAUUGUCAACCUGCCAAACCUAGCUCGGGCAGAGCAUCUCAACCACUAUUACAAGGCUCACCACUUCAACAACAACAUGAUGGGCUUUGGUUUGGGCGGGAGCUCCAGUGUUGGCCUGAACAACAACAACAACCCCUCACCCUGCUCCCAGGCUCCCCAGACCACCUCCAUCCCCUGUGCUCAAGUGCAAGUGUCAUCAGGGGGCAGUGUGCCCACACCCUCGUCAGUGCCCCUGCCAACUCUGGGCAUCCACAGCUCUCUGAAGGGACUGAUGGGUAAAGGUCAGAACCCUCAGAUUGAGCCUCUGCUCUUUAAAAGUGGCUCUAAGGAGAAUGUGCAAGAGACUCAAAUAUGA